AUCAUGCCCACGUUUUCCCAAAAAAAAAAAAAUUCAUGCCCAGGCUUCCUUUUCUUAUUAACAUGUCGACAGCCUCGUCGAUUACCCGAAACUCUAUCUCUUUCCCUCUCUCUCUCUCAUAAUCCAAUGAUGCCUUAGAUAACACCAACAUGUAUGGAGUUGGAAAUGUCAUCGAAUACAUCUUUUUCGUUGGAACUAUCGUUUGCGUCGUCCUCAUGAUCGUAAUCAAAAUAAUGAUUCUAAAUUGCUUUCCUCCUCAGCGACCUUCUGGCCAUCGAAACCAACAACAUGGCUUCUUGUCAACUACUACCCUCCAACAAUUCCAAGAGUCCGUCGGAACUGUCCCCCAACACUCCAUCGAUACCGUUGAACUAGGUCUUGAUGAAGCCACCCUACGCAACUACCCAAAGCUCAUCUAUGCCCAAGCCGAGCUCCACAAGGGCAACUCUACCUCAUCCUGUUGUUCAAUAUGCUUGGCUGAUUACAAUGACACGGAUGUGUUGCGCUUGUUACCUGAUUGUGGUCAUCUCUUUCAUCUUAAAUGUGUGGAUUCCUGGUUACGGCUGCAUACUACAUGUCCGGUGUGUCGAAACUCGCCUCUUGCUAAGGUAGCGAAUUCAUUUGGAGCGACAUCCUUGACUUGAUUAAUGGAAUAGCCUUUCUACAACUUUACCAUUUGCUACAACUUGCAAAAGUGAUAGAUUAGAAGUAGUGGAUAACUUUUUCAUAUAUCUACCAUUUUAUUUCUAUUAUUUACAGUCAAUUAUGUUAGAGUGUAGCAAAAGUUGUAACAGUUGUGUCUCUAAUUGGAAUAUAAUUGGUACAGAUUCAUGCA